AUGAUGUUUUCUUGUGUGGUUGAGUUGAGAAAUGGUUUUUUCUGGGGAUGCAUAGGGAUUUUAGUGCCCCUCUUGGUUUUGUUAAUUCGGCCUUCGAUAGCUUUGUGUCAUGAUGGAAUAUAUCUCCUGGAGUUGAAGAAAACAAUUCUCGACCCCUUUAAUAUUCUCGCGAAUUGGAGCCCAUAUGACGAGACCCCCUGCAAUUGGACGGGCGUGAAUUGCACGUUGGAUAACUUUGAUCAUAGCCCUGUUGUCCGAUCGCUCAAUUUGAGCUCCCAAAAUCUCUCGGGCACACUAAACUCCUGGAUUGGUAGUUUGGCCUACUUAACUUUUCUUGAUCUUUCGUUUAACGAGUUCACAGGCAGUUUCCCAAAAGAGACGGGCAGUUGCUCGUUGUUGGAGAUUCUCAAAGCUAAUAGUAACGAGUUCAGUGGUGAAAUCCCGGCUAGCUUGGGCUAUCUCUCUCGUCUGACAAGCCUCAACAUAUGUAACAACCAGCUUUCAGGCCCGAUCCCGGAGGAGUUUGGAAAACUAGCCUCUUUGGUUGAGUUUGUGGGGGUACACGAAUGA